AUGUACAAGAAUUUGCAUCACGGGAAGACCCGUCAGGUGUUCAUUCGGAAUCUCGUACUCCGACCCGGACGUACUCCGACCGCGGAUGAGAUCAUCAAGCGAGGUCUUUUGGGCUACACUAAGCGCAAGGCUUCCGGUGAGAAAUUCCUUCUUCCACCGGUGCGGCCGACGGAUGCCAACAAAAGUCAUUAUUCAAUCGACCUCGAUGAGACGCUGGUCCAUUCCUCUUUCAAGCCGGUCAAGAAUCCGGACUUUGUGAUUCCGGUUGAGAUCGACGGCAUCGUGCAUCAGGUGUACGUGCUAAAGCGACCAUAUGUGGACGAGUUUCUCGCUCGAAUUGGCGAUCGAUACGAGUGUGUGCUCUUCACAGCCAGUCUUGCCAAGUACGCCGACCCUGUCGCUGAUCUUCUCGACAAGCGCGGGGAUUUGGCGAGGCUUGGUAGGGAUCUAAGUAAAGUGCUGAUUAUUGACAACUCGCCAGCUAGUUAUUCGUUUCAUCCGGAAAAUGCG